CCCGCCCUCCCUCGCUCCCUCGGCUUGGACACACCAUGCCCUGGGCUUGGAGCUGGGGGCCGGGGACCCUUUGCUGGUCCAGAGCCGGCCGCAGCCCGUGGACGCCCAUGGCCAAGGCGGCAUCCUACAGGGGAACAGGACGCCAGGGCAUCUGGAUCAGGCUCUGAGCCCCAGGGGCCCGGUCAGGACCAUGGACGGUCCUUCGACGCUGAGUCCCGCAUCUUGGGAGCGGCGUCGGGCUUGGCUGAGGCAGAGCCGACGCCGGCGGCCCCGGGGGCUGGAGGAGGAGGAGGAGGAGGAGGAAGAGGAAGAGGUGAGGGCAGCGGCAACUGCAGCGCUGCCCGGGGAGCCCGAAGAGGAACCCCCGCCCCUGGAUGAUGUCUUCGAGGAAGGGAGCCCCGCCCUCCAGAUUGAGCACUGGCUGCGGGACUGCGGGUGCUCGGAGGAAGGGCCGGAGGAGGAGCCCAGCCUGUCAAUCACCGACGGGUUCUACAGCGGCGCGACCAGUUUGGACGAUGACCUGACUCUGGGAGCUGAAGCGAUGCUGUUAGCAGCCAACGGGAAACUUUUCCCCAGAAGUUUCCUGGGGUUGGCCCGGCCGGGCCAGGGCCUGCACCUCGGCUGCAGCCUGUCCAGUGCUAUGACCAGUUUCACCAGUAAGACCAGCUCCAGCAUCUCAGAAAUCCUGGACAAGUGCCAGGAGGACGCGGAGGACGUUCUGUUCUGCCUCGGCUUCGCCCAGGAUGAGCGCAAGGACACGACCCGGAUCCCCGCCCGUUUCUUCGCCGCUCCGUCGCAGGCCAAAGGCAUCGACUUUCGCCUGUUUCUGAAGGCGCAGGUGCGGCGCAUCGAGAUGGAGGACCCCUGCCUGAUGCUGGCGAGCCGCUUUAAGCAAGUCCAGACUCUGGCCGUCACCGCCGACGCCUUCUUCUGCCUCUACUCCUACGUGUCCAAGACGCCCGUGCAAAAGUUCACGCCGUCGCCGUCCAUCUGGGCCUGCUCCUCGGGCCCUCCCCCGCGCAUCUUGGCCCCGGAGCCUGAGGCCCGCUCACCCGUGGAGCGGCUGCAGAGGGCCGUUUCCCGGAUGUGUUUGUACACGACUCCCCGGGGGGGACCCACGCCUCGCGUGGAAUCCCGGGACGGUUCCCCCGGCGCCGCCCCAACCAGGGGUCGCCUGGCCCGCGUGGUGCGGGAGGUGAUGGGCCGGGCUCGGGUGGAAGAGCUCUGUCCAGGGGUCGAGGUCAGGAACGACCCCGCGGAGGAGAGGGAGACAGCGAGCCCCCCUGCGUCGCCCCGGACCCCUGCGCUCCCGGACCCCUGCGCUCCGGGGUCCUCAAUGCAACCCUGAGCGGCGUCCACUCCUUGCGGGUGGAAGGAGAGGCAUGGGAACGGCUGGGUGUGGAGGGGCUGCGGGGAUCUCCUAAGGCAUGAGCUGCAGCAGCCUCAGUGACGCUCGUCCACUCACCCACGACGAGUCCCAAAUUAACCCCGGGCGGGGGCGGAGACCACCAAGACCGGGCUGUCAGCCCUGGUGCCUGGGAAGUGGGGAAGGGGGAGGGCGGUUUUGCGCCCGUGGGAAAGGCGUGAAGAUUGAAUCCCACCCAGCACUGGAUACGGAGAGGCUGAAUAAGGCUGUAUGCUGCGGAGGCGGGAACUAAGCUGGUCAACUGUCCGAGUCUCCUGUCUCUUCCCUGAGCUCUGCCGGGGCGUUUGCCUGCGGGAACUGGAACUCUGCGCUGCUGUUGGCAGGUCCAGAUCGGUCGCCGCCGCGCGGUUGUGCUAGACAUUCUGCGGCCUUUCCCUUGAGCUCUCUGGGCUUCUCCGCCCCAACACGGAAUCCCGAGGCCAGGGAGGCCCGCGAUUUACGCAUCUCCA